UUCCCAUCCGUACCAGUUCCCUGCGAUUUAGGGAUUUUUCUCUUUCUCCUCUUCUCGUUUUUCACGACUCCAUGGACAUGAACUGAGGUUUGAUCUCCACAGCGCGAUGGAAUCAGGUUUUGGUAAGCAUUCAAUUUCUUCUUCUUAUUCCUUUACAAAUCAAUCUGAUUGAGAGGAUUUUCUCAGAACUGAAUCCUCAAACCCUACCUCCAAUCGGACUGAACUAGUUCAAUCCACAUCGAUUAGGGCGAAAGUUAGAAGAACUAAAUGGAGGAUCAUUCCCGUCGAUUGAGGAGUCAUCAGUCUCAGAAGAAGAAAUCCAUAGAGAAAACUAAUGACAGAAUCAGCGAACUACCUGAUGCUGUCCUUCAUUACAUCCUUUCCAUGAUGCCUAUGAAAUUCAUAGUAAGAACAAGCAUUCUGUCAAGGAGAUGGAGAGACUUGUGGAAACCCAUCUGGGCUUAUUCCACUUCUCUCGAUUUUGGUGCUGAAUUCACCACUGGCCAAACCCGCGAAGCAUUCGUGGCUACUGUCAACCUAUAUCUACAACUCCACAAAGGGAAGGAGAUCCAGAUGCUUCGUUUCUCGUUCAUUCCGUGCAAUCUGCCAGAUGCUGAGAAAUGGAUCGAAUUCGCAGUAGCAAAACGAGUUAAGGAGCUUCAUAUCGACUUUGGUCAGACCAUAUAUUUUAUUGCAUUCAAACCUGAGCCUUAUGAAUUGCUUAACUCCAUCUUUAAUUGUGAUUCUAUAACCUAUUUAAAUUUGAGUCGCUGCGAUUUCUGCUUGCCAUUGGAUUUCAAAGGUUACACCUACCUCAAAAAGCUCCACCUAAGUUUUGUUAGAGUUACAGAUGCCCUGUUUGAAAGCAUGCUUGCAAAUUGCCCGCUUUUGGAGGAAUUGAGUUUAAGGGAUUGUCGUCGUCUGACUCGUGUCAAGGUUUCUGCCCCGGAUCUGCCACUUAAGAGUUUGACAGUGGUCGACUGUUGGGAUGCCCGUGAGAUUGAGAUUUUUGCUCCAAACCUCCGGUCAUUCCGUUUCUAUGGUAGUUUUAUUCAUAUAUCUUUCAAGAACAUUUCGAGCUUGGUGGAUGUCCUGGUUAAUGGGAUAUGUAGGAGGGGUUACGAACGCGACCUUCAUUGGAUUACAGUUCUAUGCCGUCUUGAACAUGUCAAGAUUCUAACAUUAUGUAAUGUCUCACUUGAGUAUAUAGGCUUAGCAGAGCAAUAUAGACGUGAAGAAUUGCCUAUUACAUUCCGCAAUUUGCAAGAAUUGCAGCUGUUGAUGAAUUGGUAUGCUGGUGGAUCUCUGGCCAGCACAUAUAGCUUCUUCAAAAACUGUCCAUGUCCUCGUCUAGAGAAGCUUUUCAUUGAACUUCCAUCUGCCAACGAGGACCCCUCUCAAAGAGACUACCAGUGGGAGAGACUCCGGACUAACUCUCUACCGAUUAUGUUUGAUCAUCUGAAGGUGAUAAAAAUGAAUGGUUUUAGAGGGCUCAAGGAUGAAAUGCUGUUGGUGAAAUUUUUCUUAGAGAAGGCCAUUGUACUAGAGUCUUUGGUUUUGGUAGCUCCUCAGGAAGGAGUCUUCAACAUGAAGAAGGAUUCUGCAUCGGAGUCUAAAUCUGUUAAUCGUCUUCGCAAGCUGCUAUUGACUUUAGCAAAGGUAUCAUCAUCUGAUGCUCAAAUAUUAGUAUCUGAAUCUUCAGAAGAUGAUGGUGCUUUAGCCCCAACGCAUCUUGAAGUUUACCACCGUAAGGGGUAGGUUUGUCGCAAUGGAGUAUAUUUUCUUUAAGGUUGGGCCCGUAAGGGGUAGGUUUGUCGCAAUGGAGUAUAUUUUCUUUAAGUUUGGGUUUGGUGAUUCUACAUGAUAUUGGCCAAGAUUCUCAGUUAAGAGAAUUUGGGCCCAUGGUUUGUAAUGUAGGAUCCCUUCUCAGAAAUGAAAAUCGAGUAUCAUGUACGAAGCCAUAUAUUUUGAAUCCUGUAAUUCAUGUGUUUCUAAAUUCUGAUUCUGUACUGCCUUUGUUUGUAA